AUGGUUCACCUUGUCCAGUUAUUAACAGUUCUUCAUUUUGGACGGUCGUUGCCACAAGUUAAAACAAAUGCCAGUCGAAAGGAAUUACUCGAUUAUUUUGAUAAUACAUGGACGUUAACUGAAGUGCUUUUCGAUGGAUUAGUCAAUGAAGAAGCAUAUUAUUGUCGUCCUUAUCAUAAGUUACGUCAUCCAAUGAUCUUUUAUUAUGGACAUCCGGCUGUAUUAUAUAUAAAUAAACUACGUGUAGCUGGUUUUAUUGAACGUGGAAUAAAUCCAGAACUUGAACAGCUAUUUGAAACUGGCGUCGAUGAAAUGCGAUGGGAUGAUUUACAUGAAGGCAACGAAGAUAUCUGGCCGUCGAUAAGCGAAGUUCAUAAAUAUCGGGCUGAUGUGUAUCGAGUUGUUCAUGAAGUGAUCGAAACACAUCCACUAUUUGAUGAUGAACACAUGCCAAUUGAUAUUAAUAAACCAACAUAG